GCGUAUCAGGCGCGUGGUCGGGCAGAAUUUGUAAGCACAUUGAGUGAAGUGCUGUGAACCAGCAUGCUACAAUCUUGUGAUUCUUACAGCUAAGAUUUGCACCCCAGCCUGCAUCUAGUCAAAACACUUCUGUCAUUAGUGAAAAAUCCACUGCCAGCUGCUUUUUUGCAACAAAGUGAUGUCCUUGAACUUGGAGCCAUCCCCGAAGACCGAGCGCGCGAGAAAUGAGACGAAGAUGGCUUGUACGGAUGAUCAGUUUGUGCCGAACCACACACAUACUUCGGCAACACGUUCUGAAGAAGAAGGUCGGCAUACAGCUCCUUUGCCUCCGAGUAGCGUACCCGACUCGUGCGAAGCUGCCCAGCUGCCUGAAGCAGGUCCUGCUGCUUACACCCCCGCCACCGCGGACGGAACCCAGCUGACAGCAGCGCUGCGAGUGCUGCUGGAGCCUCUGGGCUUCGAGUGCCACCCGCUGCUGGUGGGCUGGUACAACGUACAGGUGUCAGCGCGCUUCUGGCUGCCGCAGCCGCCAGACACGCUGGCCGUGGUCGUUAUGAGUGCACCGGCCAUGUUCGAGCGCUGCUUCGUACCACACCUGCGGCGCGCCGGCCGGCAGCCCGGCGCGCGCCGCGACCCGCUCGACUCGUGCAUGCGCGCCGUGCUGCCGGCGGCGCGGCGCGUGCAUGCGGCGGCGCGCGUGCUGCACGACUUCGACAUGGCGCCAGGCCGGCGGCCGCGCGUGCUGGUGCAGACGGCUGGCCACGUAAGUGGUGCCGUGCACUUGUACCGGCGCGCUGAGCUCGCCGACGACCCGUGGCCGGCCGAGACCAGCGUCUGCGGGUGCUGCUUGCACCCUCGUUAUGGCGGCUGGUUCGCGCUGCGCGCGCUGGUGGUGAUGGAGGGAGUGGAGGCGCCGCACAUGCCCCGCAAGACGCCGCCGGAGAUCCUGACGACGGACGCGCAGAAGCGCGAACUGCUCGAGCUCUUCAACUGGCAUUGGCGCGACUGGCGCUACCGCGACGUGGGCGGCGCGGCGCGCGAGCGCUACUCGCCGCUGCAGCGCGAGUACUUCGGCACGCCGCCGGGACAGCGCGAUGCUCUGGUGGAGCGCCUGCUGACCGAUCCCCGCCCGCCGGCGGACGAUGGCGGCGGGGACGCGGCGCUACUGGACCUGCUGGACGCCUAGCCGGCGGCGCUGAGCGGUCUGUCGUCCCGCUCGGAUGCCCCGGCGGCGGACGGGCGCGGCGCUGUGUUCGCUGCUCCGUGGUUAUGGGACCGUGCCCGCCAUCGGUGGGCGGUAUGUGUGCUGUGGCGGGCGAGGGCCGUCGGUUAGGCUGUCUGUGGCUCGCCAGCGGAUGAGCUGGCGUCGUCUAGUCUGGGUGACGAGGUAGCUGACGGCCUGUUGACGGCGUGCUGUCGCGUUGCCAUGGUGAUAAGGCGUGUGUGCAGCUGCGUGUCGCCGAUAUAUGAAGAACGGAAUGUUCGUAAAGUGACGCGGGUAAUAAGUGCAAUAGUUUGGUAAGUCAGUCUCCUGUUCUUGUGUGGGAGCGAUGCAGGUGUCCGAUGUUUUUUUAUAAAGCGUGUUUUCGUACAGGCUUAUAUUUUCAGCCCUGAACUCUACUCAUAUUUGCGCGCAGCGGGUGGUUCUGAGCCUUUUCAGUUCUUUGCGCUGAUGUCUUUGGUGGGUCUUCAGCAGUGUACGAUAUGCAAAAUGGUUCAGCAAAGUACUUACUCCCCAAUAGCGCCCUAUGCAAUACUUCAACUGGUCAUUUGCGGCUUUCCGUCUGCUAUUUGGAUGCCAAAUGACCAGCGUUCGGCGUCCUCUGAGGGCUUGAUCAUCAUCA